UAUAUUUCUGAGAUUUUGUAUUCUGUUUUGAACUUUGUUAUCAAUGAUAACUGAUAACUAAUCAAAUAGAUACCUCUUUCUAAGUUUUUGGUUCACAGUUCACACUUCGCAGUAAAUACUAUUAGUAUAAUAUUAUGUAUACUAUAUAAAAGAAAAAUUACUGCCGGGUUUUCAAACUUUAGUGGCUGUAUGCGUUCAAUUAGGUUUAAGGUCGUAAAUGAGUUUCACACGAAAAAAUGCGAAGAGUUACUAAAAAGUUAUUGAAUUUAAUUGUUGGCUUGGCGUUGAUUGGAUUAUAUUGCGAAUUUGUUAUAUAUUAUAUAGUUAUCGCUCAGUGUAGUUGGCCAACGUUAACAAAUACUAGUAAUAAGGAAGUUCUUAAGGCAUUCAUAUUGGCAGAUACACAUUUAUUAGGGCCUUUCAGAGGGCACUGGCUAGAUAAGCUAAGACGAGAAUGGCAAAUGCAUCAGGCAUUUCAAGCAGUUAUUAAUAUACAUAGGCCUGAUGUUGUAUUUGUAUUGGGAGACCUGUUUGAUGAAGGUGAAUGGACUAAUGACCAACAAUUUAAUGAAUAUGUGGAUCGCUUCUAUAGUCUCUUUGCAUUACCAAAAGAUAUUAAAAUGUAUAUGGCAGUUGGGAACCAUGAUAUUGGUUUCCAUAAUAGGAUCAGAAGAAAGGCCUUACAAAGAUUUACUGACCGUUUAAAAUCUCCUUUGGUGCAACAUGUGGUAUUGAAAAAUAAUCACAUUAUUGUCAUAAACUCUAUGGCAAUGGAGGGUGAUUCCUGUAAUAUGUGCACCGAAGCUCGAAGACAGAUAUCACUUAUAUCCAAUAAACUUAUGAAAUGUUCCAAAAAUGUUGAAAAUUGUGAAAAUAACAACUAUAAUUACUCCCAACCUAUUCUUAUGCAGCACUUUCCACUAUACCGAAAAUCUGAUGCCAUAUGUACAGAACCAGAUGCACCUCCUUUGCCAGAACGAAAUAAAUUGUUUCGUUUAAAAAUAGAUGCCUUAUCAAAAGAAGCAACCGAGUACCUCAUUAGUAAAAUACAACCUAGAGCAGUAUUUGGUGGUCACACACAUCAUGGAUGUUUGGUGAAACAUUCUUAUAAAAGUAAUGAAUUUUUGGAAUAUUCAGUACCCUCUUUCUCAUGGAGGAACAGGCCUGAUCCUAAGUUUAUGUUGGUUUCCAUAACCAACGAUGAGUAUUCUGUUAAUAAAUGUGGUCUUCCAAAAGAAGCAACUUUGAUAAGUUCUGCUGUGAUAAUGUCAUUAUUAUUAUUCUUUUAUGUAUUUACUAUAAGGAAAAUAGGUGCAUAAUUUAAAGAUUGUAAUUAAAUUUCAUGUUAUAUUUUGGUAAUAAAUAUGUUGACAAGAU